UUGUUAAGGGGUCUGAACGGACCCCCCGUUGAAGACGGCCAAUUACCAACAGGAUUCCCGCCUCCGAUGGAUUCGCGCUUUCCUAAGGCAGAGGAAGAUACACGUUAGAGAUGCGCACAAGGUAGCAGAUUGAAAUAACGAGAUCGAUCUCCCCCGAUCGCGUGCGAUUCUUACCUGGUGCGUGCUGCAACGCCGGGGGCUCACAUCGUCCCGUCUAACGGCUGGAAGCGCCGACGCUCUAUAUCGGAGAUGACGCUUUAUCGUGGUGGUUCUCUUCUGGUCGCGCGGGACAUAGCGCUACCGUGCACCGGGAACAACGCAUUGUUACGUCCGUCAGCUGCUGCUCCGCUCCGAACCGGCACGCUCACCGGGGGGGCAGGAGGGGUUACGAAGCCGGCUCUAGCGUGGAGAAGGGCACGGGGCAAACGACAGGGGCAACCGUCGACGAGAGAGACAAAACCUGGAAAAACGAGAGGCGGAGAGAGAAAAAAAAUUAGGGGAUAGUUUGUUGGUGACGCACAUACAAAACCGGACCCCGCCGUGUCCCUCAUUUGAAUUCUUACAAAUGAACGAGGACAGUACGACGGAGCUGGGAGAGAUAGAGAAUGUCAGAGUGGUGGUGCGAGUUCGACCGUUGAACAGCAAGGAGCUGGAUGGCCACUGCAAGAACAUAAUAGAGGUGGAUACUCUGAACAGCGAGAUCAUCAUAGAGAAUCCAAAUGCGGCACAAGGAGAGCCACCCAAACUCUUCUCCUUCGACGCAGUGUUUGACACAGACUCGACUCAGGUGGAUAUCUACAAUGAGACUGCCAGGCCUAUAGUGGACAAGGUGUUGCAGGGCUACAAUGGAACAAUCUUCGCCUAUGGACAAACCGGCACCGGCAAGACUUACACCAUGUCCGGUGCCAAAACCUCUCCACAAGCCAGAGGAGUCAUUCCGAAUACGUUUGCACACAUUUUCGGGCACAUAGCUAAAGCUGACGAAAACCAAAAAUUUCUCGUGCGCGCCACGUACUUGGAAAUCUACAAUGAGGAAGUUCGGGAUCUGCUUGGCAAAGAUCAGAAUACUCGGCUUGAGGUAAAGGAAAGACCAGACAUCGGAGUGUUCGUGAAAGAUCUGAGCGGAUAUGUGGUGAACAAUGCCGACGAUUUGGAUCGCAUAAUGUCGCUCGGCAAUAAAAAUCGUGUUGUCGGAGCUACUGCCAUGAAUGUGUCCAGCUCUAGAUCCCAUGCGAUAUUUACAAUUACAGUCGAAUCUAGUCAGAUUGGUGAAGAUGGAGAGCAACAUGUAAAAAUGGGAAAGCUUCAUUUGGUGGAUUUGGCUGGAUCGGAAAGACAAAGUAAGACAAAGGCAACGGGUCAGCGACUCCGUGAAGCAACUAAAAUCAACUUGUCAUUGUCGACAUUGGGAAACGUAAUAUCCGCGCUGGUUGACGGACAAAGUUCUCACGUGCCUUACAGGAAUUCCAAACUGACUAGGCUGCUCCAAGACUCGUUAGGUGGAAAUUCGAAAACAUUAAUGUGUGCAAACAUCAGUCCAGCAGAUAUGAACUAUGACGAGACCAUAAGCACUUUGCGUUAUGCAAAUCGUGCGAAAAACAUCAGGAAUCGCGCGAGGAUUAACGAGGACCCGAAGGAUGCUCUACUUCGUCAAUUCCAAGUCGAGAUCGAGCAAUUGCGCAAGCAAUUGGAGGAGAAUGGCGCAGAACUUUCGGAAUCUGAGGAAGAGUCCGAAGAUUCAGAGGAAUCCAAAGAAACGAAGCGAGACAAGAAGGUUCGGCGUAGAAGGAGCCAAAUAUUGUCGAUGGAAGAAUUGGAAGACAGAGACGCAGACUCAACAGAAAAAGUUGAUAAAGCCGAAAGAGACGAUAAGAGUCCCGUGGACAAAGAUGUCAUCGAACUAAAGAGAACUCAGAGCGAGAAGGAAGCGCUACGGGAAAAAAUGCAAAAUUUGCAGAAUAAGAUAUUAGUAGGUGGUGAAAAUCUGUUGGAGAAAGCGGAAGCUCAGGAGCAAUUGUUAGCGGCCGCGGCGGUCGAACUCGACCAGCGGAAGAGCAGAGAAGAACAAUUGAAGAAGGCUAUUAAGGCAAAGGAGGCGGAACGUAUCGACAUCGAGGAGAAAUACUCGUCUCUGCAGGAGGAAGCGGCUGGAAAAACGAAAAAAUUAGCGCGGGUGUACACAAUGUUGAUGUCCGUCAAGGCGGAGUUGUCGGAUUUGCAGCAGGAGCACCAAAGAGAAAUGGAGGGUCUUCUGGAAGGUGUGCGGGGAAUCGGCAGAGAAUUGCAGCUGCAGAAUCUGAUCGUGAAUCAUUACAUUCCUGUUCAGUACCAGACAAUGAUCAAGAGAUACGUUCAUUGGAACGAGGACAUCGGCGAGUGGCAGCUGAAAUGUGUGGCAUAUACGGGAAACAACAUGCGCAAAGCGCAGACGAUAUCGCCGGCAGGAAGUAACAAAGAUACGAUGCCACCAGACAUGUCGAACAUAUAUCUCUCUUACAACAACGGAAUAGACAAUACAUUCGUGCAACCGAAGAAAGUGCGAAGUCGUUCCGGCGUCCCCAGGCCAACCACAGCACAUCGACGUACACCGCAUUGAAGACAGAAGGGACUCUGUCGUCGAAUUACAGAGGUUUAUUUUGUUUCUCAUACUUUUGUAGAUCUAUUUUUUGAGAUUUGCGUAUCCACGUUCGCUUACGUAAUCGUGCAGUGUAUCUCAAUACUCGUAUCGGUGACUCAUAUAAUUGGAUACAUCCUUUUUAACCUUUUUCUCGCGAUACCUUUCUGUCACGAUACUCCAUAUUAUUUUUAAGAUCUUGAAUUUUUUUAUAUAGAUAUGACACUUGAGAGACAAGUAUAAAAAUAUACGAAUCUAGUUGAUUGAAAAUAUAGUUUGACACUAAUCAACAUAAAAGUAUAAUUGAUACACACAUAUUGAUUGAGAUAU